AAUAAUGAUGACGAUCCUAAUACGAAAUGGACUCAACUCUUUGCUCAUGCUGCUUCUAAUAGCGAUUUAGCAAAAAUGAAAGAAAUGUUAGCUGAUAGUAAUAUUAGACAUUAUAUUGAUAUCAAUGCAAAAGACAGUGAUGGGACACCACCUUUAAUUUAUGCUGCUUGUUUCGGUAAAAUUGACGUUGCUCAAGUUUUAAUAGAAGCAGGCGCACAGAUUGAUGCUCAAGAUAGUUUUGGCUGGUCAGCUUUAAUGUGGGCAACAAAUAAUAAUCAUGAAGCCUUAGUGAAGAUUUUAUUAGAAAAUGGAGCUUCGCCUCAGACAAGAUCAAGUAAAGGCCGUACUGUAUUUGAUUUUAUUAAUACAGACAAUCAAAAGAUUAUUGAUAUUUUAGCAACAAAUCCUCGAGAUAGUGUCCUUCAUGAAAAUGAAUUUCAUUGGAACAAGUGUUCUCCUGAUCAAAUGUUUGUAUUUAAUUCAGAUGAUUUGGAUUACAUACUUGACACAGUCAUAACCAAUUUAAAAUUCCCGUUAAAAAAUCCUCAAGAUAUUUGUGUUCCCGUUAAUGUCAUUUUUUUAAGUGCAAGGUUUGCUCAUUAUUUUUCCAGUAAUGAGUUACUAGAGCAAGUCUUGAGCGAUUCAUUAAGAAGGAUAGGAAAGACAAUUAAGUCAAAUGCUCGCAAUAUUCAUCUGCUGGCAUUCUGGAUGACAAAUUUAACUCAACUAUUAUUUUACCUCAAAAAGGACAGUGGAUUGGUAGUCGCUACCGCUGAACAACAAUUAAAUUUGUCCGAAUUAAUUUCAGAGACAUAUAAUUUAAUGAUUCAAGACACAGAGAGACGUUUACUUAAAGUGCUCGGGCCAGCCUUAUUGGAUCAUAAAUCUAUUCCAGGUAUGGAUGAAGUUGAUUUUACUGAUGAUUGGCAUCGUUUCUUCCGUAAAAGUAUGAGACGUUCAGUCUUUAUUGCACCAGAUGGAGGAAUAGCCAUACAACAAGCAACGAUUUCACCUCAAUCCGUUACUAGUCUUUUGUCAUCGACUCUUUAUGUUUUACAAUCUUAUGAUGUACACCCGAUCAUUAUCAUUCAAGCAAUAGCUCAAUUUAUGCAUUUUAUAUCUUGCGAGGUAUUCAAUCGUAUCUUGACUAAUAAAAAAAUGUUGUGUCGUUCAAGGGCAAUGCAAGUUCGUAUGAAUUUUUCUUAUCUUGAAGAUUGGGUAUCAACCAAGCAUCUUCCUAGUCAUUUGCUUAAUUAUCUCCAUCCAACCAUUCAAUUACUCCAGCUUUUACAAUGUAUAACUCAAUUGAAAGAUCUGGUUGAUUUUAUUAAUACUACAAAAGAAUUCGAUGCGCUUAAUGCGGCUCAAGUUAAAAGAUGUGUUACUUCAUAUCGAUAUGAAGUAAAUGAACAACGUAUACCAGAAGAAAUUGAAAAGUAUGCAAUGCAGUGUGCUGAAGAUAUUAUUCGAUAUAAACAAAGAAAACAAUCCAUGGAUAAACCUCGCGCAUUGCCUAUGUCUCGUACGCAAAAAAAAGAUACAGAAGAAGAUAUUAAAGAAACAAAAGAUUCAAAAUUCUUGCUACCAUUUUCUAUUCCUACUACAGCUCAUAUGAUAUCCUUUACUUCAAGCCAUUGGGAUAAAACAAAUGAAGAGCAACAUUCACGCUCAAUGAUACCAUUUAUACCAGAAGAAUGGAUGCAUAAAUUGGAUAAGCAACAAUCUUCUUCUAUAGCAAUAUCAUAACGAUACACACUUUUUUUUUUUGUAAUAAAAUAUAUCAAUAUUA